CACUAAACACACCCCCACACUCUCUUCACGCCCCAUGUCUGACAUUGACACCCCCGGCAUCGCCGAGAAGUCGACCGUGCCCCACCCGUACGCGGGCGGCAACGCCGCUGCCAACGCUACCGAGCGCCGCAAGGCUGCCCUGGCCGAGAUUGACGAGGCAAAGUUCUCGUGGUUCCACGCCAAGGCCUGUAUCGUUGCCGGUGUUGGUUUCUUCACCGAUGCCUAUGACAUCUUCUCGAUCGGCAUUGCCGCCACCAUGAUCGGCUACGUUUACGGUCACGGUGGCAAGAACUCGUCCAACCAGGACCUCGGUAUCAAGGUUUCCCACUCGGUCGGCACUUUCUGCGGUCAGCUCCUUUUCGGUUGGCUCGCCGACCAUGUCGGCCGUAAGCGCAUGUACGGCAUCGAGCUCAUGAUCAUCAUCGUCGGUACUCUUGGUCAGGUCGUCUCGGGCCACGCCCCCGGCGCCAACAUCUACGGUGUCCUCAUCAUGUGGCGUUUCAUCAUGGGUCUCGGUAUCGGUGGUGACUACCCCCUCUCGUCGGUCAUCACCUCCGAGUUUGCUGCCCGCCGCAUCCGUGGUCGUAUGAUGACUGCUGUCUUCUCGGCCCAGGGCUGGGGUAACUUUGCCUCGGGCAUCGUUGCCAUCAUCACCAUCUCGGCCUUCAAGAACCAGAUCAUCAACGAGAGCCAGAGCAACCUUGUCGCCAUCGACAAGUGCUGGCGUACCGUCAUCGGUAUCGGCUGUGUUCCCGCCGCUGCCGCCCUCUACUUCCGUCUCACCAUCCCCGAGACCCCCCGUUACACCAUGGACAUUGAGCGCAACAUCAAGCAGGCCUCGCAGGACGUCGACACCUACCUCACCACCGGCACCUACGUCGUCGACCCCAUCCGCAACCACGAGCGUGCCGAGCUUCCCAAGGCUACCUGGAAGGACUUCUGGCGCCACUUCGGCCAGUUCAAGAACGGCAAGGUCCUCUUCGGUACUGCCUACACCUGGUUCGCCCUCGACAUUGCCUUCUACGGUCUUGGUCUCAACUCGCCCAUUGUCCUCAGCGCCAUUGGCUUCGGUGGUGCCACCACCGGCACUGCUGGCUUCAAGCAGUACAAGUCGCUGUACAACACUGCCGUUGGUAACCUUAUUCUCGCUGUCGGUGGUCUUAUCCCCGGUUACUACUUCACCUUUGCCCUCAUCGACCACUGGGGACGUCGCCCCAUCCAGAUCAUGGGCUUCGGUGUCCUUACCUGCAUCUUCGUCUGCAUGGGCUUCGCCUACAACAAGAUGAUGGAGUCGGACGGCGGCAAGAAGGCUCUUGUGUUCCUCUACUGCAUGGCAAAUUUCUUCCAGAACUUCGGCCCCAACACCACCACCUUCGUCAUCCCCGGCGAGACCUUCCCCACCCGUUACCGUUCGACCGCCCACGGUAUCUCGGCCGCUUCGGGCAAGCUCGGUGCCAUUGUGGCCCAGGUUGGCUUCGCCAAGAUGAUCAACAUCGGCGGCCCCUCCAAGUUCCUGCCCCACAUCAUGGAGAUCUUCGCCUUCUUCAUGCUGACGGGCUUCAUCGUCUCGAUCCUCUUCACCCCCGAGACCAAGGGCCUCACCCUCGAGGAGCUCUCGCAGGAGGACCAGACGCACUUCGUCAAGGACAGCAACGUUGGCCAGGACGGCACGUUCAAGGGCUCCGACGCCUCGGCCUAGGCCUUUCAAAACCUUUUAAUCUAGACGGUCUUUUCGAUGCACCUAAUUACCUGAGCUGUUCUUUUAAACACUUUCUUAGGAGCCCCAGCUUUUCUCUAGCUUGCCAUGGGCAAUUACAAUACCCGUAUGCAAGGCUUCGCAAGG